AGUGUAUAUAUAUGCAAUUUUUGAGAAUGGUGAAUGUUUCUUUUAGGAUGGAAACGUUGGGAUGGAAGACAAGUUCUGGUGCAUCAAAGAUAAUGGGGACUGUAUUAGGAGUUGGCGGGGCGAUGUUGUUGACCUUUUACAAGGGAAUUGAGCUUCACCCAUGGAAAACUAAUGUUGACCUUUUGGAUAGUCAACAUCAUGCUGCAUCAAAUGGCCAACAUUCAAGCAAGAGUACUGUUGCUGGUUCUAUAUUGGCCAUCAGUAGUAGCAUAAGUUGUUCAGUGUGGUUAAUCAUUCAGGCAAACAUGGUGAAACGAUACCCAUGUCCAUAUUCAGUCACGGCUCUCACGUCCCUAAUGGGUGCGAUUCAAGCAAUUGUGUUUGGCUUAUGUACUGAGAGACAUUGGAAUGACUGGAACUUGGGUUGGAAUAUUAAACUUGCAGCGGCUGCUUAUUCGGGCAUCUUGGCAUCAGGAUUGAUGUUUACGUGUAUCACAUUGUGUGUGCAAAUGAGAGGUCCAUUAUUCGUAUCAGCUUUCAAUCCUCUUAUGCUUAUUAUCGUGGCUGUUGUUGGAUCCUUGUGCUUUAAUGAAAGCCUACAUUUGGGAAGUGUGCUAGGUGCGAUAUUAAUAAUUAUCGGACUCUAUGCUGUAUUAUGGGCCAAAGGAAAAGAGGGAAAGAAGGUGGCACAAUUGUGUCCAGUUAGAGAAUCAAGCGGCAUAAGAGCCGCCGGAGUUGAUACUAUUAUUGAUGGUGAAUCUUCAGUGCAUGAAGUUAUUGGUGAUAGUGAUUCAAAAAGCUCAAGUGUGCGAAGUAGCAAUGGUGGCGAAUCUCGACACAUUAUUGAUGUUAUUGUGACUCCUUACAUAUAACAAAGUUUAUAUAUAUAAUAUAUGGUGUUGAAAAGCUGCAAAAGAAAGUACGGGUCUAAGAGAUUUCAUUCAAGAUAUGAUUUAUUUUCUUUGAUUAGAAUUGACGUAUUCUAGGAACAUAUAUAAAUUCUGAGACAUUAAUGGUUAGAUG